AUGUUUCCGCUCUAUUUUCAUUACGAAGAUGUAUCACGUCAGGAUCCGUUGCUCAAACCGAAUCACGCCAACGUUAUGGAAGUUCCUGGAUCGUGUAAAAUAAGAGUAGUACCAAAGGCAGCACCUUAUAUCAAAAAUGGAAAAUUGGCUAUGGAGAUUUCGUGCGGUCAGAAAUUAAUACAGACACAAAGAGCUUCGACAGGAAAGUCGUUUCGAUCCAAUCCAUUCUUGGGGUUAAAUAAAGACAAAAAAGGAUAUGUCAGUGACCUAGCACGACAAAGCACUCUCCGAGGGCAUGGAAUGUCUAAUUUUUUGGUCAGAAUCUCCACAGUAAUGUCUCUGUUAGAUUCUGCGGUUGAAAUACGGGAAAACUCCAUUCAAUUCUCAAUGGAAACGGAGUUUUGCGAAUUAUCCCCGGAACUGGAAGAUCAUUUCGAGAUCUUCGAGCAUAUUCGAGAGUUCAAUGUGACUAUUGUCACUUCGGCCAACACACAAGAUGAGACUUUACCACCGUGGAGCGGCUUUUUGCAAAAAGAUGAGGGAGAAACUCAGCAAGAUGUCGGAGAAGCGAAAUAUACGAGAUCACAAACGCAGGGCUAA